AUGAGGUCCCAGUAGUUCAUUUUCGCUUUUGUUUCCCUUGCCUCCAGAAACGUGUUAAGUAAGAAGUUGCUGCAGCAUUUUUAUGUGUUUUUAAAUCUUUCAAAUGAUGUAUCACAUGAAUGUAACUUGCUCUUUUCACUCGCCAUUGGUUUUAAGAUCUAGUGGUGAUACCAUGCACAGCACUGUUCUAGGCACUGGGAAACAGCUAAAUAAAGCAAUUCAGCUUUAUUAAGAGCAAUACAUUCCUUUCCUCACUGAGUUUUCAUUCCGUGAGGGGCUCGGGGGGAAGGAAGCCUAUGUGGUAUGGAUGGACCACGGUUUAUUUAGCCCUUCCCCUACUGGUGUGCACUGGUUUAAUAUUAACAGUGCCGCAGAGGACAUCACUGUGUGUCUCCUAGCACAUAGGCACUGUGCACAUGGUUUGCAACCUUUUCUCAAAGGGCCAGAUAGCACAUUUUUUAGGCUCAUGAGCCAUACAGUCUGUCACAACUAUUCACUUCUCCCCUUCAGAGCAGCUAUAAAUAAUAUGUAAAGAAAUUAUUCAAGAACACUGGAGUUUGAAUUUCAUAUGAUGUAUACAUGUUAUGAAAUAUUCUUUUGUUGCCCAUCCGUUUAAAAACGUAAAACCCCUUCUUGACACGAGGUGUACAUAAAUUGGCUCACAGGCCGAGUCUGCAACAAAUGAGUCACUCCACAGCCCUUAGAAAGAUGCUCCAAGUCCAGCACCAGAUGAAAACAGGAAGCAUGAGGGGAAGUUGCUGGCCAGUUCUGGCCAUUAAGAAACACCAGGGAAAGCCUUUGGAAGCUGGAAGGCUGAAUGACAGCUAAGGGUCUCCAGAGCCAGGCCCUUUGCCCCAAGAUCGUUUUGGUCCAGCUCAGCCUGUGCGUCAUGGCCAGUAACUAGCCCUGGCUCUCUACCUGGUCUUUAUUCUCCCAUGGGUAAGGCCGAAGUCUGGACUGAGCCAUUUUCCAAGAGGUACAGCUUAUCUGAACAGGAAGGUAGUGUAAUGGGAACAACAGGGAAGCCUGACUGCAAAUCCUGCCUGGCUCCACCGCCUGACCAGUUCUGUGAUCUUGGGCAAGACCCUUCACUUGUCUGAGGCUGUCCCUUGUCUAUAAUGAGAAUAAUCCACAUCUUUCCAUUUGAUUUGUAGGAUGAAAUGACAAAAGUGUAAUGGAAGGUACCUGACAGAUAAGAGGUACCCAAUGAUUGCCAGCCAACAUUUGGAUUUUCUCCCUGUGGAAUGGAUGCCAGAACACUUCCUGGGAUGGGCCACUCACUUCCCCUGGAAGCCACCCGCUCCAUCUUCUAACACUUGUGACCACUAGUCACUUCUGUUGAUCUGGAAACUAGCCGGCUGUGGCUUUCACUCCCUGUCCCACGUCCAGCCCUUGAGACCAGGCAACAACCCCCUCCUUUGAUUCCCCAAUCAAAACAGCCUGUUUUCUUCAAAUUGUGAUCUUUGAGCCCUCUCACCAUUCUGGCCACCCAACCAAACACCCUACACACUUGGACUGUCGAUAAAGACAGGAGUCUGGGUCUAGAACUUCCUGGCCACAGGUGAGGAAGUCCAAACAUUGAUUAAGAGAUUUGAUGGUUGAGGCACUGGGUGGCUCAGUUGGUUAUGUGUUUGACUUCAGCUCAGGUCAUGAUCUCAGUUUGUGAGAUCAAGACCCACAUCAGGCUCCAGGCUGACAGUGUGGAGACUGCUUGGGAUUCUCUCUCUCUCCCUCUCUCUCUGCUCUACUCCUAAACUUGCACGUGCUCUCUUGCUCUCGCUCUCGCUCUCACUCUCUCUCAGUAUAAGUAAGCUUUAAAAAAAAGAUUCCAUGGUUAAGAGUUUAAGACUGUGGCACAGGGCAGACCUUGGUUCUGCUACUUGGGUAGGUUACUUAACCUCUUCAAGGUCAUAUUCAUCUUCUGUAAAAGGGGAAAUGGUUCUAGUACCUUCCUCCUGGGCUUGUUGAAAGGAAUACACUCAAUAAUGUAUGGAGAGUGUGCAGCACAACAUCUGAAGCCAGCUGAGCCCUCUGGAGAUUCUUUGGGGGACGGUAAAGGGGCACGUUUUGCAAAUGAGUCUCCUGACCUCCACAGUUCUAAACCCACCCCUCUGCUCCCACAGAGCUGGGCAUACACCUGGUCUCAGUCAGUGCUUGGUUGCCAAGCCUGAGGUGGACAGGAGACCAGAGGCAGGAUGUGAACAGAUCGGCACGUGAAGUCCUGCCAGCGGUGGCCACCAGGGGGCACCCCAGCCCCAGAGGUGGCCUCACCCAGGCAGACACACCUACUCCUCAUCCAAAGAAAUCUGUUCCUUGGCCUGAGGCCUCCAUGGGCUUACGUAUAAAGGCCCUCUGGAGCUGAUCCCUGCCAGAGCCCAGAGCCUGCAGACCCACCCAGACCUCCUGCUAAGCCUGCUGCCCAGAGCCCCAUGAAGCUGACCGCCCUGCAGCUGCUGCUGUGGCACAGCGCACUCUGGAUGGUGCAAGAAGCCACCCCCUUGGGCCCUACCAGCUCCCUGCCCCAGAGCUUCCUGCUCAAGUGCUUAGAACAAGUGAGGAAGGUCCAGGCUGAUGGCACAGCGCUGCAGGAGAGGCUGUGCGCCGCCCACAAGCUGUGCCACCCUGAGGAGCUGGUGCUGCUUGGGCACGCUCUGGGCAUCCCCCAGGCUCCCCUGAGCAGCUGCUCCAGCCAGGCCCUGCAGCUGACGGGCUGCCUGCGUCAACUCCACAGUGGCCUCUUCCUCUACCAGGGCCUCCUGCAGGCCCUGGCAGGGAUAUCCCCCGAGUUAGCCCCCACCCUGGACAUGCUGCAGCUGGACAUCACCGACUUUGCUAUCAACAUCUGGCAGCAGAUGGAAGACGUGGGGAUGGCCCCUGCAGUGCCGCCCACCCAGGGCACCAUGCCAACCUUCACCUCGGCCUUCCAGCGCCGGGCAGGAGGCACCCUGGUUGCCUCCAACCUGCAGAGCUUCCUGGAGGUGGCAUACCGUGCUCUGCGCCACUUCACCAAGCCCUGAAAAACCCUCCCUCACGAGUGUAUUUAUCUUUAUUUAAUAUUUAUGCUUAUUUAAACCUAAUAUUUAAAGACAAGAAAGAGCAGAAAGGAGCCCUGGACUCUUGGGUCCUUCCUGCCACCUCUGAGUUUCAUUCUCCUGCUUGUAGCAGGGAGAAAAUCUGUCCCCGGGACUGGGAGGCGGAUAGGUAAAUACCACGUAUUGAUUUCUAUGACUGCUCCCUGGCCUGGCUCUGUGGUGGGCACUGGGAAGAACGCCAGUGAACCCCUUAGCCCAAGGGUACCCACCUUGAGGCCCUCGGAAGCAUCAGGAAGUCUCCCAAGUGGGAGACAAGACAACCCUGUUUAAUAUUUAAACAGCAGUGUUCCCCUACCGGGUCCUCCCUCGCUCUGGCCUCACCGAAGUGGCUGGCGCAUGCCAGGUGGGCUAGCCUUGCUUCUCACGUCCCCUUCCCUACACAGUAAAGCCCGCAGAGGCAGCCAGAGCCGGACAGCUUGACCCUGGGGUCCCACGAAUUCGCUGGGGAAUCUAGUUUUCAAGAUGUUUGGGGGAAUAUUUUGACUUCCAGUAUGGGGAGCCCAGGCAUGGCUGACAUUUCUCAUCUUUCUGGAUGCCUCGUAGCGACAAUGACAGGCUCCUAAUGCCUGCCCCACCCUCACCAGGGUCAGGAUUCUGACUCCUCAAGGGCCGGGCAGAGAGUCACUUACCGGCCUCGCUGGAGGGGGACUGGGAGUGCGGGGCCUGUGUGAUGGAGUGAGAGAAACGUUCAACUCUUCACCCUCCGCCUCUGCCCCCACUUUCUCACUGUAGCCAAACUGUGAUAAUAAAGUGUUUUGUUUGUCUCCAGUAAA